CGACUGUUACGAAGGAACUAUGCGGUGUGUAUCACCAACUGCUCGAAUUCAUUAAUUCACUAGAUUUUAUACGGGUCGAUUAUUGUCGUCAGCGGAAGGAACUCAUCGGGCAAAGGCUCAAUUCAAGAUACCUGCAAGUGGAUUUAAAGCACGCCGCUCAGAUCAGCCUAGGGCACAUCGCCAUUUGCGUGUGCCUUUUUUCCUUCGCAGGUGCUCGGCUGCGAGUGAUUUUGCUAAUCGAUCAUGGGUUACGAAAACGAUCCGCACCGAGAUGAAGAUGGAGAGCCAUUGAUGGACUUCGAUGCCGAUUUCCAAUCCGAUCAGGAUGAGCCUCGGCACCAUCUCUUGGACGAUGAAGAUGAUGAUACCAUGUACAAUCGCCGUGAGCGGUCGCCAACUCCAGUUUAUGAUGAUUUCAAGGCAAAGCCCCGGAAGAGGUUGAUAAAAAAAUCAUCGCCCCUUAAAGAUCCAGGUCCAGUGGAGGAUUUUGGAUUGGAUGAUAAUGAGGUUGACAUUGGUGGGUUUUAUGGUGAUGAUGGAGAUAACAUGGGUGGAGUAGUGAGAGAUAAUUAUUCAGAUGGAGGAAAUAGGAAGAGGGGAAGAGGGGAGAAGAGUAAGGGUAUUGAGAAGAGGAGUAAGGGAGGGGAGAAAGGGGAAAAGAAGUUAAAGUUGAGGAAAAGUGGAGGAGGAGGAGGAGGUUCUAGUACGAGGGAUCAUGAGGCUGACCCGGAGAUGAAGGAGAUGUGGGAUACCAUAGCGGGUGGUCAUUCAGAGGAUGAUCAAGACGGUGUUCGGACUGUUGAUGAUGACAACUUCAUAGAUGAUAGUGGUGUGGAUCCUGCUGAUCGGUAUGGAAGUGACAAUGAGCAUUCACCAAGUCGUCAUCCCCAGGCUGAAGAGGGUGAAGAAGAUGAUGAAAUCAAGCAGAUGUUCAAGGUGGGCAAGAAGAAGAAGAAAAAUGAAAAAAGUGCCGCAGAAAUUGCACUACUUGUAGAGAAUGUGAUGGCAGAGUUGGAAGUUGUAGCAGAAGAAGAUGCGGAGCUGAAUCGUCAGGGUAGACCUGCAAUAAGCAAGUUGCGGAAACUGUCUCUUCUAACUGAUGUGCUUUCCAAAAAACAACUCCAACAAGAAUUUCUAGAUCAUGGAGUUUUAACUCUGCUGAAGAACUGGCUUGAACCCCUACCAGAUGGAAGCUUGCCAAACAUUAAUGUCCGAGCUGCAGUUUUGCAGAUCCUGAGUGACUUUCCCAUUGAUCUAGAGCAAUAUGAUCGUAGAGAACAGUUAAAGAAGAGUGGCCUUGGAAAGGUGAUUAUGUUCUUGUCAAAGUCGGAAGAGGAAACUACCAGCAAUCGCAAACUGGCUAAGGAAUUGGUUGAUAAAUGGAGCCGACCCAUAUUCAAUAAGAGCACCAGGUUUGAGGACAUGAAAAACUUUGAGGAGGAAAGGCCAUUCAAGAGGCCUUCUGCUAAAAAGGCCAUGAAUAAAGGAGCUGGAAUGUCGUCUCGUGAUGAUGACCUUGAUUUAGCUGGAUAUUCACAGAGCUCGAAAUCUGGCCAGUCAUCUUCCAGGCAGCAUGCCUCGAGGCCAGAAGCUAUGUCAAUGGAUUUUGUGGUUCGCCCACAAUCCAAGGUCGACCCAGAAGCUAUUAGGGCCAGAGCUAAACAAAUGGCGCAGGACCAGCGCCGGGCAAAGAUGAACAAGAAGUUGCAGCAAUUGAAAGCGCCAAAACGUAAGCAACUACAGGCCACAAAACUGAGCGUGGAGGGGCGUGGCAUGGUGAAGUAUCUUUGAGUUAUCCCGUCUGCCGGGCCAGGUGAACGUUGUCUUCUCAGUUGAAUUGCUGUUGUUUCUGGAGAGUUCUUUUCGUUGUUGUUGAUGGACUAUUUUCUGUACUCUUUAAGUGUUUGUUGUGAUGUCGAGAGUCCCGAGACUUUGCUAAGAAUGGAUUGUGGUAUUUUAAUUAAAGAAUAAAUGUUCAUAAAAUAUAAGUAUGAAAUAAAAUUGGCUAAUAAGUA